CGCGAGGGAGGGGGUAGGGCGCGAGGUAUCAUGGAGGAUCAGUAGGCAAACUGUGGCCAUCAGAGGAGAGCAGCGCCCGCUCUGAUCCCGGGACUUUAUCAACUGUUCACCGCCCGCAAGGAGGAAACGUCUCGACAUGGACAUGAAGAAGAGGAUCACCUUAGAGCUGCGGAACAGGAGCCCGGCGGAGAUAGCAGAGCUGGUGGUUGAUAACAGUCGCUCUGCAGACGGGGAGGUUGAAGGUCUGACAGACGCGUUCACGGAGCUCGAGUUCCUCAGUAUGGUCAACGUUGGUCUGAGCUCACUGGCUAAACUGCCCUCACUGCCCAAACUACGCAAGUUGGAGCUGAGCGACAACAACCUGUCUGGUUCUCUGGAGACUCUGUCAGAGAAAUGUCCCAACCUGACCUACCUCAACCUGAGCGGGAACAAGAUCAAAGAGCUGAGCAACGUGGAGGCGCUGCAAAACCUGAAGAGCCUGCAGAGUCUGGACCUGUUCAACUGUGAGAUCACGUCUCUGGAGGACUACAGGGAGAGCGUGUUCGAGCUGCUGCCUCAGGUGACCUACCUGGACGGCUUCGACCAGGAGGACAACGAGGCGCCCGACUCCGAGGCCGACGACGAAGACGAGGAUGGCGAGGACGGGGCGGGGGCGACCGGCGACUACGAUGACGAGGACGAUGAAGAGGAGGACGAGGACGGCUCAGAGGGAGGAGAGGUGGGGCUGGGCUUUCAAGUGAACCGGGGCAAUCAGGAGGAUGACGAUGAUGAGGACGACUAUGCAGAGGAGGAGGAGGAGGAAGAUCAGGCGGGUGUUCAGGGACAGAAGAGGAAGAGAGACGUGGACGACGAAGGCGAGGAUGACGACGACGAUGACGACGACGACUAGUUGUCUCGCCGGCCGCGGUCUGUGUGUCGUCCUGUCCUGUUUCUGUCCGUCUCCUCCGGGCCCGACCUCCACCAGACAACAAACAGCAGGGACAGCAACAGCAGCAACAGGAACAGUGUGAUCGGAGCUAGUUUGUUUCAGUCUGUCAUAGAAUCUCACGUCUUUAUUUUUAGAGAAUAUAUAAGAAUCAGAGAAGAAGAUUUUAUCAGAGCUUCAGCUGUUCUCAGCCGAAGAUUCACCACGUUUCCCUUUAAAACCAGGUUCAGAAUCAGCGUCUCCAUCUGUCCGUCUCCUCUCCACAUCCUCCACCCUGACGUUCUGAGCGGCUCCUGACUGAACUAAAACUCCAUCCUGCUGUGGACUGACUUCCUAUAUGACAUCACUAACUCGCCAUUGGACAGACUCUGGCGUUCUUGCAGCAGUCGUCUCUUCACGCUCGCGUCAAGCUGACGAUGAUCGAGGCUCAGAAUACAUCAGGCGACUUUUCACGCCUGGAAGCGUUGAACACCGUCAGCUGCUGACCUGACGAGCGUCCUCACCGUCCGGUUCAGACUAAAACACUUCUGCCACCAUCUGAUUGGUCGUUUCAAAAUCUGAUAAAAUGCACAAACAUCAACGUACAGUUGAUCGGAUCGGUGUGUUGCCAUAGUUACCAGAUCAUCUUAAUUAAAUUCAGGCUAAACGUUUAUACAGAGAUCAUUUCUUUAAAGGUGCAGUACGUCGGUUCUGUUGAAACCAUCCAGAAAUGAGUUAGCAUGCUAACCUGCUAGCCCCGAGUGUGGUUUGCUAGUUAGCUGCUAAUGUUUAUUGUGGUGAUUGAUGAGUAGUUAAUGAUUUGAAUUAAUCCAUAUGAGAUCAUGGACGCAGAUGACGAACACAUCUAGCAGUUGUAGUUCGUCUCAGCAGAAGUUUUAUCUUUAGAUUUUUAUAUUUAUUAUCUGCUCAUAGCAUUUCUGUCGUUUCUCUACACAGAUCAGCUCACAAUCAUGAGUAAUAACAAUGAUUUUUAUUGUAAACAUAACAUUUUGCUGGUGGAGGCUCCAGAUCCUCCAUCAGAUUGUGAACCCAGCCCUCCUGUGACGCCUCACGUUUUUGGGUCUGGAUCGUUGGAUUCAGUCUGGAGUCACAUUAGAACCUGUGAACCAGCUCUGAGAUCACAAGUCCAACAGUGCUGAACAGAAAAGUGUGCUGAAGUCUUCUAGUCUGGACCGGCAUUUCAUUUAGUUUGCUUUCUACGAGCCGGAGCUGCUGUCCAAACCUUCCCAGAAUGCACCGCUCUCAGAAACACCUGUGAGCGGAGCUUCAAAACCACCAAAGUCCAGAGUUGUCCUCAGAGUUCAGUGAAGCAGAGCCCUCUGGCAUCAGGAGCUUCCUUCUCCUCGGUGGCCUCCAGCUCAAGUUUUUACAGUGUAACCUCCAACAUGGCCGACAGGAAGUGUCAGCGUUCUCAGGAGAGCCUCCAUCAUAUCACCAGUCCAUCCAAUCUGAUCUCCACCUUUUAAAAGUACUCCGGUCGUUCAGGACUCCAGAGGAUCAGGACCCGGUUCAUCCUGCAGCCAUAUCUGUGUGGGCUCUACCAGGAGAGGACGGCGCCCCCUUCAGGACCUCUAACACCCAAUCAGGGACGUCACAUGUUUCCGUUCAGCCUCCUCCGUCAGUCGGAACCCUUUAGUCUGACCUGAACUGGACGAAUAGUGAUCACAUUGACUCUGCUGUCUCUGCCCCGUCUCGCCUGCUGUAGAGAGAACGAUACCAUGAUAUUCCCAGUGUGUGUUUGAUUUGUUGUAGGGGUUUUCCAGGGAAGAUUAGGGGGCGGGUGGGAGGAAAUCUUAGUUCUGAUAUGUUUUGUUUUUUUGAGUUGUCAGCGACCUGUUUUUGUCCUGAUCAGCAGCUCUGUUUUUUAGUUUGAUGUGAAAGCAAGCGGCUCGUCCUCAAACUGCCCGUCCCCUCGUGAUGUCCGGACCGCCGCUGUGUCACACUUCAGGCUCCGCCUCCUCCUCACGGGACACCUUCAUGUACACCAAAGGUUGUGUCGCGUUCAGGUGCUCCUCCAGUCGGAAACAUACAAGUUUACCAUCUAAUUCAGACAAAAAACUGCUCUCGACAUCUUUUAACUCAAAGCCUUUAGAUUGAAGUGUUGAUCCAGUGUGAGAUCUUUGACAGCGAAACGUUUCAGCGCUCAGCAUUUUUAAAUCAAACAAAUAUUCUUAACAAUUCUAUGAUGAUUCACCUCAAACGUCUUCUGGCUUAACGAGCAGACAGAGAGCACCUGAAUGCAUCUUAGUGACAGGUGUACAGUGGAUUAUGGGAAACAGAGUACUGCAUUUAUUCUAUCAAGGAGGCGGAGCCUGGACAGGACACACCUGUCGUGUCUGAUUCAGGUGUCGCUGCUCUGCGUGGGAUUCUGCAGCCAGCAGGCAGCAACUUUUUACUUUUUACUUCCUCUAGUUGUUUUAAACCGGACCAAACCUGACUGACAGGAAAUAAAUCAGUUAAUAUGAUUAUUAAAUAUCUAAAAAACAACAUCAAGUAGAAAAAAAAUGAUACAAUCAUGAAGGAAAAAAGUAAAUGUUGAGGUUUGUGUUAAUUUAUCUCCUGCAGGCGGCGUGUUGGUCCUGGUGAAGCAGCAGAAUCUGUACAGCUCUGACUUUGAACUAAACUGCUGUAAACUUUUAGCUUUUCUCUCGUUUACACUCUUAAAAACGACGCAGCAUUCAGGAGGUUCAGUCAUUCAUUGAAGAAGGUUGAACGAUGAUGUGACUUGAUCACGUGACUGUUGAAAUAGUUUAAUCAGAGUUUAAUCAGCGCUAACAACGGACUGCAGCUGAGAUGAGGCGGCCAUGUUUGUUUGACCCGCCAGCGCCUCUGUGUCCGUCACAGUUAUCAGAGCUCACAAAAUGUUUUAAUUUGAUUUAAAAUGAGAAACUUGUGUGAGCGAGAUGAAACUGAACUAAAACAAGAAUCCACCAACCAGCUGCUUUAAUACUUGCAUGUUCUCGUACCCUGACGACGCCUGUGAUUGGCUCGAUCUGGCUCGCCGCUGUUAGAAUCAGUUUAUAAAAUGGCGGCCAUGUUCAAACAACAGCUGGCAGCUGAUUGGACGAACAGUGAAUUGUUCUUUGCUGUUCUUUAACGUAUUAUACUCUACAACAGCUGUACUAACCACUGGAGGAGCCGCCAUGUUGUCACAUCUAAGCCACGCCCACAGCAGUUCCUCAGAGGACACUGAUUGGUUCAACCACUGUGAUUGUUAACGAAUCCCCGAGCAGCUGAUGAGUUGACGUGGGGGUCAGUCGUCGGCGCUGUGUGGGUGCGAUGAAGCGUCGUGACGCCGCUGCGCUGCGCUGCUCAACACGUAGUGUUGUCUUUAAGAGUGUAAAGGUCAAAGGUCGUCUGUCAGACCUGCUGAGGUCAGUUUAACUCUGGUUUUAAGGCAAUAUUGUAAAUAGACUCUCAGCUCAGUUUCAGGUUUGUUUUUAUUGUUUUUAAUGAAUUAAAUGAUUUUACAGAUGUUUUGUUGUUUUUCUGCAGCCAGGUGAUAGUUGACCCGUCUUUGACCUUUGACCCCAGCUGUUACUUCCCUCCAUCAUCCUGUCUGUGGGGAAAAACUGUGUUUGACUUUUUGUGUGGUGUAACAAGAACAUGUCGAGGGUUUUCAAUUAAAGUUUCAAAGGAA